GUGAGCCUGGCGGGCACAAAACAUCAGGCGAUGGUGGAUGCUCAGAAUGGGUUGGGCCCAAUAAAGGCUUACCCAAGGCAACCAUCCAAUCACCACACACAGAAGACCAACUCUGGAUUACAAGAAAAGAUUUUCCAUUGCCAUCUGUGUGAUGUUUCUGUUAACUCUGAAGUGAAGCUUAAACAGCAUAUAUCUAGUCGGAAGCACAGGGAAAGAGUUGCUGGAAAGUUUCCAAAGCCAAAGUUCAGCAAGGAUCUGCACAAUGUUCCAGCGCAAGCAAUGUUGCUGCCACUGCAGAAAGAGUUCUUGGUGGAGACCAGAGUCCUGCACAAUCCCACAACUGGUGCCAUGCCGUUUGCUUCACCCUUACCCUCUCUGCCACCUGCUGCAGCUCCUGCCAUUUUUCAGGUCCCACCACUGGUUCACUGGUUACAUCAACCUCCACUGGGACCAAUGCGGAUAUCUCAUGGAGCCAUGCUCUUCACCCCUUAUUAAUCCAGCAACACAAAUAGGCUGUGACUGUUUAGCGGGAAAUGUUAAUCCUGAUUCACUGCAUUCAAUUCCUUGGAUGAUACUGGGAGGACAGAUCAAAGGUGGCAGUGGGAAUAUUGAGCCCUCAAGGGUGGAGCCCAAACCAACUGGAGGCAACCUCUUUUUUAAAGGGAUAUUAGUCGGGGUUCUGACAGCCAGGAUUACGGCACUACUCUUCUUCCACCACUUUUGUGAGCAUGGGCAAUAAGCUCUGGCCCCUGGGGUAGUUCCACCGCAGGGAUUCUUUCAUGUAAAUUUGCAAAUUUUCUCCAGUGCUUAGCUGGCUGAAUUUGAAGCUCUGCCUUAAUGACUUCUCAAUUGUUGGUAACUCAACCUUCCUCAGUAAAUCAGGUUAGGAGAUUCCCAAUAAAUCCUGGAGGCGGCAAAGGUGGGUGCUCACCACUGAUCAGAAACCUAACUGCAUUAGCUGCACAAACAUCAUCUGCCCCAGCAAAUUUGGUAACUCGUUCUCUGGAAGGGUGCUUCACCACCGACAAGACUCAAGUAAUAGAACAUUCCCCAUUUGCCUGGAGGGGUGCAAUUCUCAUAAUGUUCAAGAAACUUGACACCAUUCAAUCCACUUCAUUGCUGCCCCCAAUGAACAAUUUUAAAGAUCCAUUCUCUUCAGAGUUGUGACAUGACCGCAGAGUGCACCACGUCAAGCCUUCUUCACCAUCAUCUCCCUAACCUAGAAGCUCAUCGGCAAUAUGGAUAAAGGCAGUGGGUGCAGGGGACAUCA